AUGACAUGCAAUGUGACGAUGGCGUCGACAACCCUCGUCACCGCAACAGAACCGUGGGAAACUAAUACAUCAGACUCCACCGUGACAGAAUCGUGGGAAACUAAUGCUUCAGACACCGUGCCAGACUCGACCACGACGGAACAGACGUGGACGUCCCCGCCGAAAUCGUGUCUGCUCAUUGAAAAUUGCAUUCAGAAUGUGACAGAGACCACGGGAAUCCUGGAACUGUGUAUCGAAUCCACCGGAGAAGUCCCAAAAUACCAACACUGCCUUUGGAACAUCCUGGCCUGCACAACAGGCGCAAUCGAGAUCCUUUUGACUCCGGAUGAUUUUGGGAAUUUCCCCAACGAUACCUUGAUAUUGCGGAUUGGCUAUGGAUACAAAAACGGUUUCCCAAAUAGAACCGAUGAAACAUUGCUGGCUUAUUAUGGAUCCCCUGUUGAGGAGAAUACUACGGUGAUAGUGAAUUCCAGUGUCGCCUGGGUUGAUAUGAUGACUUUGAAAGAUACCAAGCCUUUUAGGGCCUUCUAUACCAUCGAAGGGGAUGCAGCUUUGAGUGAAGUGGAUCCAAAAGCCAGGAGCCGCGAUUCUGUCAUCUCCGUGAUGGACUGA